GGCGGAACGCGCUUUCCCCCCCUCGCGCUUGCGCCGGGCAGGGCGGAAGUGACGGACCAGGGAGACCGGCCACUUCCGGCAGCAGACGGGCGGUGAUGGCGGCUCUCGGCCGGCAGGUCAUUGACUGGCACCGCCUGAUGCGCCUCACCUGGGCCACUAUUGCUAGGCAGACGUCUCAUCUCAGAGAACAGAGGAUGACAGUGGUUUCUUUAUUGCGUCCACUGACUACAGCCUCCAGGGGAGGGAGCCUCAAGGAAUUAUCCUGUGUUACAUCCCGGAAGUACAUGCAGGAGGCAGAGUGCAGGACGGAUCUUUCUCAGUGCCUUCUUGAGAAGCCAGGGACUCCUGUGGAUAGAGGUGCCUUGGGGCUGGAGGCAAUCACCACUUCUCUCCUGGACAUGGGUUUCAGUGAUGCGCACAUUCGUGAAUUGCUCAGCAUACAACCACGUCCCACCCCUCAACAGUUGCUGGACAUCACUUCAGAAUUAAUACUCUUGGGUCUGAAUCCAGAGCCUGUGUGUGUGGUCUUGAAGAAGAGUCCUCAGUUGUUGAAACUGCCUGUAAAGCAGAUGAAGAAGCGCUCCACUUACCUGCGAAAGCUCGGGCUUGGUGAAGGGAAGCUGAAGAGCGUGCUUUACUGUUGCCCUGAGAUUUUCACGAUGCGUCAGCGGGACAUCAAUGACAUCGUCCGGGUUCUCAGGGAGAAGUGUCUUUUCACAGUGCAGCAGGUGACGGAGAUUUUGCACAGAUGUCCCUAUGUUCUUCGGGAGGACCCUGGUGAAUUGGAGUACAAAUUCCAGUAUGCCUAUUUUAGGAUGGGGAUUAAGCACCUGGACGUGGUGAAGACUGAGUUCUUAAAAUACUCAAUCACCAAGAUUAAGCAAAGGCACAUUUACCUUGAGCGCCUGGGACGGUACCAGACCCCUGAUAAGAAAGGCCAGACGCAGGUCCUUAACCCUUCACUCAAGGACAUCUUUAGAGUCUCAGAAGCUGAGUUUUUGGCCAAGACAGCCUGUUCUUCUGUGGAGGAGUUUGAAGUUUUUAAGAAGCUCUUGGCUCGGGAAGAGGAAGAGGGGCCUGAAGGCUGCACGUCUGACAGUGAGGAAGGCACCAGCUCAGGUGAAGACGCAGGGGAUGGAGACUCUGAGGAGGAGUUCACUGAUGGCCGGAACUAAGGAAAAGAGGCCCCAAAACGUUAAAGAAUAUUUUAAUUUUAUCAAAGCUUUUGGGAGUUUCACUAGGGUCUGCUCAAGUUAUUUUGUGUCCUAAAACUGGCCUUUUGAUGAAAAAAUUAUCAUUAGUCCCCAGAGAAGUUGACGGGUCAAACUAAAUGGGAGACGUGUUAGUUUGAUCUACUGUUGGGUGUCUGCGUGGAGGACCCUGUUCUGUCCUGGAUAAAAGACUGACUUUGAGCUGCUAAAACUAAUGGGAAAUGGUAGGUCGAAAGGUGGCCUUAUUUUUUUCUCUGUUGAAGCAUGUUGGUGACAAUUCCAUGACAAUGUGAAGGAUAAGCCUCCUUCUUGGAUCAGGGGUCCCUUUGUUUUUCCACUUAACAUGAAGAUAAAAUUAGGAGGCGGCAGCGAGAUUUUAGUACAUCACAGCACUUUAUUUUAUAAAAACAAGUAGCAGGUUUUCUGGGAAAAUACUUAAUGUUUUUAAUUAAAAAAUACCUUACUGUUUCUUAAUUGCAUUCAGUGUACAGCAGAGUAAAAGGAGCCGGUUAGUGACAUUUGCUUUAAUUUGGCACAACUUCUUGCUGCCAUGAAGCACUGGGGCUUCUCUCCCAGGAUGCUAUUGGCCCAUCGACCCUGGGCCUGACCUUAUGAUGCUCUGAGCCGACGUGUUACCUCCAGGCCCUGAGCCUCUGGUCAUCAUGUGCUGACCUGGAGAACGAGAAGCAGGACAGGGCUCUGAGGGGUCCAAAAGCGUUCCCCUCGCCCAUUCCACAGGUGGUCUGGGAACCAGGGGAAGGAGAGCACGUACCCAGGUCGUAGGGCUGGACCUGGAAUCAGGGCCAAGGAUCUGGUCUCGACUGUUCAGGUGCUCUCCACGAUGCUGCAUGAUGCGAGAGUCAUCUGGGGGAACCCAGUGGGCCCAGAUCUGAGGACGUGAGCUCUCUGAGGGGCCAGGAGGACUGGUGUGUCCUAGAAUGUUCUGGAUUCUAGAACAAGAUCGAUGCUGCAGGAAGUGUUUUUGGCGGUUUGGCAUCGAGUCAGGUCACCUUUGCAGCCUUUGAACAGCUCUUGAUGCCCUGGUGCUUGGCCCUGUCUUUCUGUGGUGGCCCUGUGAGAACCCUGUUAUGCAGCAGUCCUCCUGCCUGCCCUCUAGGGGCAUCGGGCGAUGUUGAGACAUUUGUGGCUGUCACGGUUGGAGGGGGUUGCUGAUGGCAUCUUGGGUGGAGGCCAGGGAUGCUGCCAAACCCCCUACAGUGCACAGGACGACCCCACAACAGAGAAUUACCUGGCCCGAACGCUGACGGUGCCAAAUGGAGAAAUGGGCCUGGUCUAGUAAAGUGUGAUGGGACUUUGCUGAUUCACAAAAACUUCAGGUUUGUUUUAUUUAAAAGAAAAGUAACCAGCUGACAUUUCCACAGGGCUUCUCACCCCUGUGUGCUGGAACGCUGCCGGUCAGAUGGCUCGUGUUCUGUUGUGGGGAUGCAGCACGAAACAUAGCUGCUUUGGCUUUGUCCAGCAGGCCAGGCACUGGCUAGAGUGAUUAGUGCAGAGAGAAGGCAGUUUUGCAGAAGGAGAGAAGUAGCUAGGUGACUCUGUCCAUGUCUGGGUCUGGUGUCUGUGGCAGUAGUCUGCAAGUGGGGAGUCAGGCUGAGGCUGGGUGGAGCAGCGCCCUGCAAGGAGGUGUCUGCAUUUACACCCGUGGUAGCCAUGCGUGGCGGGGAGGGAGGUUUGCUGUUACUGUCUGGGGUGUGGACAAAUGUGCUUGAAGCUGAGAUACUCACUCUGCCAGUGUUUUCAUUUACUCUUUCGGCUCAUGGAGUCCGAGUGCGUGCCACUUUCCUUGGACACUAGUCUGUUGUUCUUGUGCGCUGUCGGGACCAGCGCUCGAGUCUACAUCCAUACUUGAUUCGAUGGUCAGCUCAUCCGAGUUUUGUGCAACACCUGGUUAACCUGGUAAUUCAUUUUGGCACAAAAAUAAAUUCUGAUGCACCUGACAAAUUUUUGAUUCCAUUAUUUCUAAUUUCCUUGGGAAACUACAGGUGGACAUUGAAUAUUUUCGAGGAAGAAAUAAGAAUUUUAAGAAUGAGCCAUGUAGGGAAAGCAGUGGUGGGUUCACUUGGAACGUUGUAAGAAUGAACCAUAAAUUCUUCAGAAUCAGAAAGUCUUUUUACUGGAUAUUUUAGUUUGUAAAACAUGGAUUAGCCCAUAUUUUAGGAUGGUUAAUCGUAUCACGACACAGCCACAAACUCAGGGUCAGUAGACCUUUUCCUGUAGGAGCAAAGGCUUCUGAGCUAAAACCUGGCACGAGUUCACGUCUGCCUUGUGCUCGAGGGGCUCGAGGCACGAACACGGCAGUGGCGUUUUCACCUACAUGUCAGUGACAUCGCUCGUUCUUGCAUCUUACUCAGACACGGCGGCUGGUCUGGUGCCGCAGAGGUUGGCAGAACGGGCUUGUGUGUGGUGUUUUCUUAUUCACCUUGUAUCUAACAGCCUACAGUCUUUGUAGACUGGUGGAAAUUUCAGGGCUACAGUAGGGGCUUCUCGAAAUGACUUCCUCCUUUCCAAAAAUGAUAGGUUGUAUCAUACACAGACAUACGCACACAAGGUUGUAACAAAAAUAAAAAACCUGGAAUAUACUCUAAUUCUUCACAAAAUGUUUCUAUAAAAGAUGAAAGAAAGAGCCCUUUCUGUGGCUGCAGAGCAACCAGCAGCAUCGGCUGACGACGACAGCAGGCGCUCGACUCCAGUUUGGGCCGGUCGUUAAGAUGCUCAGCACUACACCAGUGGAGUGGGUUCUUUGGCUUCACCUUGUGUUCAGGGAGAAGGUCGUGCUGCACAGAAGCACGCUGGAAGGUGGACGUGGCAGGUGAUGCAGCGUUCUGCUUGUACAGACUGGAGCUUUUACGAGAUGGUGCUCACGCCCUGACAGCCUAAAGUGCUGCCCGAACGGUGGGCCGAGAGAGUUUUGAGCCCACCCAGCCUGCCCGCGUGUGCUCAUGCCCGCGUGUGCUCAUGCCCGCGUGUGCUCAUUGUGUUCGGGCGUGUAAAGAGGGGCAGGCUGCACUGGCAGUUGUGCUUUCCAAGCUGGCUGCAGGCAGUGUGUCCAUGAACAUCCAGGGUCUCUGGUGCCUCGGGUGACUGGGCAUCCCAGUGAUGGCUUUCUGUAGAAAGCCAAAGUCUAUAUGAUCUUAUAGAUCAGCGGUUAGCAAACUGUGGCCUGUGGGCCAAGUCGAGCCCGCUGCCUGUUCCUGUAAAUAAAGUUUUUUGGCACAUAGCCACCCCCGGUCAAUUAGACGUGGUCUACGGCUGCAUUUAUGGUACAAUGCCAGCGCAAAGCUGAAAGAUUUAUGUCUGACCCUUUACAGAGUCUGCUGGCCCCUGCCGCAGACCAGAACUGUCUAAACUCCACAUUACCUUUUAGUCUACAGGUCAGGAAUGUGCUUGCUGAAGGAGGCGGGCGGGGCGAGGCUGUGCCCAAGCUGGGCUUUCCUUUUAAGUGACCACCUCCGCCCCCUCCCCAGCCCCAUGGUCUGGGCUUUGGAAGCUGUUCGUCAUAUUUCCUCCUCAGUUUGACUGUUGGGUCUCAUGGGGGCGGGGGGAUGUUUCUCUCACACCAAAGUCUGUGAGCGGGUUUCUGAAGCUUGCAGAAGUGUUCCUUGCCGGCACCUGGUUCCAUCCGUACACGCUGUCACUUUCCAUUCACAGUGCACGCGGACUAUACGUUCAGAAGCCGCAGCUGGGUCCAAUCUCAGGCUACUUCAGUGGGUCACGGGAUGUCAGGGUGAUUGGUCCCAUGGUGUCUCCUGGCUUGCAGUCUGGUUCAAUCUCGGGCUGUUAAAUGGGUCCUGCGCAUCUCCUGGCUUGGCCGUGGAGGGCGCUGGGUAGCAGGCCUGAGAUCUCAUUUGCUAGAGACCCAAGGAAAGAAGUCCAGAAGGGCCGACUCCAGCCAGGACUCGGCUUUCAGGGUGUCCUUUUCCAUCCAAUUUUUAGACCACAUCUUUCUGGGUUUUAGAAACUCUUGAGUUUGACAGAAUGGGUCCUUUAAAGAAAAAACAAAACAGGACAUGAGGAGAAUGGAGGUCUCUCACACUCCUCUCUAAAGCUGCUUCUCUGUGUCUGGGGCCUCUGCUCUCACCCUCAGACUUGCGAGGCUUGUUCUGCUAGGAGGAUGAGCUGGGGAGGGCGGAUUGGGUGAGGAAGACCAGCUGCAUCCCCAUCCUUUGGAACAUCUGGGGCUCAGCAGGUAGUGUCCCUGUACCUCUUCUCUGUCCUGGGUGUGUGUCUUCGGGUGGCGAGAGGUUGUGGAGAAGGCUGCGGCCCCUCACUGCCUGUUUGUGUUUUCAAGGCACUUUAUGCAUUUGUCUCAAGAAUGGGUGUUCUGUAAGCCAAUAUUCGAUCAUUUCACAGUUGUUUUUUUUUUUUUGUUUUUAUAGAAAUUUUCUGAGGUUUUUUUUUUGGUUAAUAUAUUAUCUUUUCAGGUGACUUAUUGGAAAUAUAUAUAUUUCAAACUCAAACUGCAUAAAUGGAUUCUUAAUCCUAGUAAUAAACUGCUGACCAGCCCUGGAGGGUGUUCUUUUUGCUUCGGGGUAGGGAAGGAGUUGCCUUUGAUUAGCCAGGGACUGAAGCCACUAGCUGUGCUCUGGCCCAAGGCUCACCUUGGGGGCUGCAGUUCGCUUGCGGAAGAGUGGGUUUGCUCCUCACCCUAGGGAGCCUUGUCUCCCUUGAAGAUGUGUCAUGUCAGGGGCUGCACUAGGUUUGUCUGUUGGAGGCUUAGGUGGUGCUUUCUCACCCGUCCUUUGGGAACUAGUGGGGAGGUUUGAAACCUUCGGUCUGGGAGUUUGUAGUCUGAUGGCACACACUGAACCUCCGUGGGCGGUGCCUGGUAAGGAGGCGCUGCCCUCUAAGAGGCCAGGGCUGGCUGGACACCUCUUAGGCUUUGGACAGCUCUGCCGCUGGCUGCGGGGCACACAUACCUUACGAUCUUGUCAGUGUUUGACUGUUACUUUGUUUCCUGAAAGAAUCAGAGACAAGCAGCUCAGUGAAAAAGAAACACUGUGCUUUCCAUCCUAUGGCUACCUUGGCCUAUCUUUUCUUGAGCUCAGAUAGGCUCCAGUUUGGGGGCACCCUGAGUAGAGAUCCUGACCUGGAGACCGGCAUUUUUGAUUGUGUGCGCCUCCGUGACUCUGAGUGGGUGUUGUGGCCUGACUGGAUCUGGGUUCUGGGGAAUGAAGGAAGGCGGUGGAAGAAAGGAAGUGAGAGCCACGGGAAGAGCUGGAGGGCGGCACCCUCGCGUCAGGCAGUCCUGUUGCCGAUGGCACAUGCUGCCUUUCCUCCAAACUCAGUAACGCAAACCAAGCGUGUGUGGCUAUUUCUCAAAAAUAAUGUGAAUAUAAUAUGAGUAAUAAUAAUACAGAGACUCCUGUAGAGUUUGGGACUCUCUUUUUCUGAAAGCACAUAGCGUACGUAGGCACUUCUCGCAGUAAAACCCCAGGUGGUAUAUCAGUCUCGUGACUACCUCGAAUCCUUUAGAGGAAAGCACCUGUGUUUGAGCGAAUGAAAGUAAAUGGAGAUUUCCUCUACGUGCAAGCCAUCCACUUGGCCUGUCAGUAAAGCCGGGCUUCCGGUUCCACUCCCAUCUGCUGUGUGUGAACAUGCAUGAUAGUGACCCCAGCAUCCACCAUGCACUGUACCCAGCUGUGUGUGCCACAAGCACACACGUGCACACACACUGCUCCUUAGCAGAACAUUGUUGAGAGAGGCUACACAUCUGGGCAGACAGAUGGCCUGGCUCCAUCAGCAGGCCUGUGGAUCCCACAGCACUUGGCCCCAGGACCACCCUUGUCCGUUACCCAGGGAACUACAUGCGGGACACAGCAAGGGCUUCCCCCCAUGACGGCACCUGUUUGGGGUCUUCUUGGUGCUGGUACUUUCACAGCUCUCUUUGAAGCAGACGUCUUGGUGAACUUUGUAAACUCUUUUAUACCUGUUGUCACAAGAAAGCUGUGAAGAACCAGAAACUGAAACAGCAUGCUGCCAGACUGCUCAGCCUAAGCUAUGUGAACCCGUAGAUAAACACGGAAGUCUUUGGGAAAAAAGCCGUUAUUGUGUUAAUAAAACUUUACAUACAGAUACAUUAAAAUGUCCAGUAUAAAAAUCAUGUCGCCUUUUAAAAAAUUAACUUUACUGAGGAAUAAAAAACCUGUUGCCGUUGAGUCGAUUCCAAGUCAUAGUGACCCCAUAGGACAGAGUAGAACUGCUUCAUAGGGUUUCCAAGGCUGUAAUCUUACAGAAGCAGACUGCCACAUCUUUCUCCUGUGAAGCCACUGGUCGGUUCAAACUGCCAAUCUGUCGGUUAGCGGUGGAGUUCUUAACCACUGUACCACCAGGGCUCCUUUACUGAGGUAUAAUUUACAUAAAAUUAAAAUACACUCAUUGUAAGUGUACAUUUUGAUGAACUUUCUUUUUUUUUAAUAUUGAAAGACAAAAUAUGAAAUUUAAUGGCAUGUUUUUCUUGAGGCAAGGCCAUCUGGCCCUGAGGCCCUUGGGAAGGUACAGCCUCACUUUUCUUUGUUUUAUGGGUAGUUCAGAGAGAAGUCUGAGGAGCCUUGGGGAUGCAGGCUUUUGAUGUAGGCGGCAUGGAAUAGGAGAACUGAUUUCAAGCCCUGCCUGUUCUGUUUAUUUACUAGUCUACUCUGAGAAAGUCACUUGAACUUGUUAAGCCUCAGCUUCGUGUAAAAUCAGAAUUAAUCAUACCGCUUCUCUCACAAGUUUGUAAAUGAUAAUGAACAGGAAACUGUUUUGGCCAUUGUUAACAUUCUCAAAUGCCAGAGCCACUUAAAAGAGAAACCCAGGGUGUUUGAGGGGCAAAUUCUAACUUACAUGCUAAGUUUCUAAGGUCAUACAAUUUAAGACCUUUGGUAAGACUUCCAUGAGGGAAUGAAGGAGUAAAAGGACCUGGAAUUAACCUCCCAAGGUGAAAAACCAGAGAAACGGGCAAAAGGUAAGGUAUAACUAUUUUCAGUUGUUAGACAACAGACAGCGUGGGGCUGUGAUCCUUGAGAAAGAGGAAACAAAUGAGAUGAGCCCUGUGAUUGCCCUGGAAUUCAGCCUGGAAUCACUUUUUGGAUUGCAUUUCAGGGAGGGGAAAUCUAAGCAGUGGUCACACUAAGUUGAGGAGACAGAUAAGAGUUGGGGGGAGGAAAAGGCAACGAAUUUGUGGAGAAGAGUACUGGAGAGGAGGAAGCUAUGCAGAGGAAGAGCUGUAGAAGUCUGCAGAGGGAUCCCCUUGAACCUUUGGCUGAAAAUUAAGAUGUGCGUGUAUAGGGUGAAACCUAUGCGAAGAGAAGAACUACUGAGAAGCUCUGAGCUUAACAAUUCCCAGAGCCAGAGUGAGAGAGAUCUUAACAAGCCAUUCGGUAGAAAGUCCAGAGGCCAUGCCUUAGAAGUGGGGUGAAACUUAACCUUAGGAUAAAUCCACCAUAAAGCAAGUCUCAAAAUGGCAAAACUAAGCUGUAAAUAACUAUCUUAUAAAACCACAUUCUUAGAAAGAAUACCAAACAAGGAAAAAAAAAAAAAAAAAAAAAGUAAAA